CCUCAGUCGGUGUCGGGACGUGGUGGCGAUCGGUACCACCAUGCGCUUUCCAACCGCGCCAGUGAAAGUUCGCUGAGAGAAAUGCGUUCCGCGAUCGCCUUUCUGUUUGUGUAGGUGACAUGGACAGUGGCACACGGUUACGACUACGCGUCGGCGUGCGCGCGGCCCUAUCGCUCUAAGCGCGCCAAGGAGCCGCCCGACGUGCCGUGCGACCUCAGCAAGCAGAGCUACUGCACCACGCCUGGCAACAACUACCCCUGGCAUGCGAUACGCCGGUUCAUCAGGGAGAACCAGGGUCUCAUGAGAAGAAUGUAUGGUGAAGAACGUCACAUCGCCGUACUCAAAGCGGAAUUGGAGAACUUUAUAGAUGAUGAUGACGAUGAAGAGGACAACAACAAUGAUUUCGCUGAAAACUUCAUUAAAACCAAGAUGAUGUACAUGAAGAAAAGCUUCGGGCGUGCCAUGAAAGACAAACCGCAUUUUAGACCCAUCCAAUCAAAUUCCGAGAAACAGAAAAAAGUCGACAAUGACCCCUUAAGAGUGAAACCUUUAGGAAACUCUACCAACAUUACAGCUAAAAAAACUGAAAACAAAACAGAACUAAGCAAUGAAACAUUGAACGAAGAUAAAGGGAUUUCAUACAAAACUAAGCUCGAAAGUAUAGCCAAUAUUGAGAUAAAUAACUUAGACCCAGACGUGAUCACGCUAGAAGCUGUGAUCAAACAAAGUAUAGAAACUAACAGCAUAUAUCCAAAUUUUUCUGGCACUUCCAAAAGUGAACCAUUAGCUUUAGAAAGUAAAAAUAACACAGACAAAAAUGCCACAACUACAACUGAGAAUGUCGUUAAUAGUACUGAAAUUAACGAUGACGAGUAUGAUGAUUCGACUACAGAAUCGGGUAAAGACGCGUGGAAAAGUAAUACGGACACUUCAACUUUGCCUCCUACUCUACUCUUCUCGGAACACGACAAAGUGAAAAUAGACCGUAUAGAUAACAAAGAGACGGAGAAAAAAGAGGAGUUUCAUCCGAAACCAGUACAGCAUCAGGAAACUAUGCGGCCUUCUGUUAUCAAGUUACGAGGAGCAAAUGCAUGUGAGACGAAAGAGGAGAUGAUGGCUCCGUUCUGGGCCAACAGCACCCGCGGGGAGAUGCUGGCGCUGCUUAACAUGUACCCCUUCGAGCAGUACAUCCACUCCGAGACCUGCGUGCACCGCCACAAGCAGAUGUACUGCCGGGAGGGAUGCAGGUGCGAGCAACAGUUCCGUCUACACCGCUUACUCGCCUACGACCCACGCAACGAAUGCCGUGGCAUUUUCGCGGACUGGUUCAAAUUCCCCGCGUGCUGCGUCUGCAAGUGCUACGACGUUCCACUGGAGUUCCGCGCACGCUCGCCGCGCAUCCUGCGCCCGCAGUACGACGAGCAAGUGCGGCGACUCAUCUACGAGGACGUCGCGAGGGACUGGUACACCAUGCCCUAUGACCAGGAAGAAGAUGACGAUCUGUUCUAAACCCACCUGGCAUCCAAGCGCGGAUGCGCCGUUGUGGGCACGAUGGGCACGCCCACAACUCUAAAAGACUUGUGACUUUCAUGGUUUAUCGUGUUCGGUGUUCGGUGGUGUAUGGAACUUAAUACACUAUACAAAGUCUUGGUCAAUGCAAAAAUACCUACCUAUUUUGUAAACAUCUCUUUUGUAUGAAUGCACUUUACCUAUCAAUCAUGAGCGAGUUCAUACUCCGACUAACAAUUGGGCAAUUUUUGGUUGGCUGCGACCACAACUUUUUUUUGAGGGCUGGAUCCCCGCCUGAUAGCAUCAGAGUUUCACAGCCACUGUAAUGAUCGCAAUAACCUCUGAUUAGCUUCGCAUAAUGUGCGGACUGAUUCAAGUUUUCUUACUGUUCGCACUUCGCUGAGAAUAGCGAUGUUGCUAGAAAUUACUAAUACAAUGCCCUUUGAAAAAAGAAGAUGACGAUAUUAUGUUCUAAUCCAACUUCUAAUCAACCAAAUUUUGAUGUUACUAGAGACUCAUAGAAGAUGACCAUGUUCUAAUCCCCCCUAGCAUCAGAAUUUGACAGCCAUUGCGCCGAAAAUUUAUAUUUCGCCUACCCAUGUUGUUUGUGCAGAAUAAAAUUAAAACCCACCAUAGCGUUAUGCAUUUAUAACAAUAAUAUUACACAAAUAAUAUUAUGAUCAUUAUAACUAUAAUAUAGGUUUACGAUUGACGUUCAGUUUUAUUUUUGUUAUUGUUAGAUUCAUAACAAAUUAGUCAAAUAGAUAUCAUAAUAAUAGAUA